CAAGUGCCAAAAUCAGGUGAUUCAAAAAUGAAACCCAGUGUUGUCAUCCGAGGAUAUUGAACGAUAGGCAAGUCCAGCUAUACUGCGAGAUAAUCAGGGGUCACACGCUAUAGGCCUACCGUAUUUUGAGCUGAGAAAGAAUUUUGCCACGGACUAUUGCUGAUAGUGUUCUUUGGUAGCCUAACGAAAGUGUAAUAUUGCGAGGAUGGCCACUGCCCUGCGCUACUGUAACAAAGUUGCCAUCGUUACAGGAGGCUCAAGAGGGAUUGGAAGAGGGAUUGUUAAAGUUUUCGUGGAAAACGGGGCCAAGGUUGUUUUCUGUGCCAAGGAGGAGGCUGGCGGUGAGGGAAAGUCACUGGAAGCUGAAUUAAUCAAGAAAGGACCUGGAACUUGCCUCUUUGUAACCUGUGAUAUGUCCAAGGAGGAUGACAUUAAGCAUUUGAUUGCAGAAACUGUUGAACGCUUUGGACAGAUCGACUGUUUGGUGAACAAUGCAGGAUGGCACCCUCCACACAAGUCCACAGAUGACACCACAGCAGAUGAGUUCAGAGACCUUCUCAACUUGAAUCUCAUUGGUUACUUCCUGGCAUCCAAGUAUGCUCUGCCCUUCCUACGACAAAGGCAAGGCAACAUCAUAAAUGUGGCAAGUCUAGUGGCCUCCAUUGGACAGAAGCAUGCUGUACCUUAUGUAGCCACCAAGGGGGCGGUCUUAGCCAUGACUAAAGCCAUGGCUGUUGAUGAGAGCCGCUAUCAUGUCCGAGUCAACUGCAUCUCUCCUGGUAACGUGAUGACUCCUUUGUGGGGGGAGCUUGCUGCCCAGACAGAGGAUGCAGCACGCACUAUUAAAGAAGGAGAGAAUGCACAGCUCCUGGGUCGGAUGGGAACAGAGGCUGAGAGUGGACUGGCUGCCCUGUUCUUGGCUGCAGAUGCUACCUUCUGCACGGGGAUCGACUUGCCUCUCAGUGGGGGGGCUGAGCUUAACUAUGGCUUCAAGAGUCAGCUGCCCCGACCAUAAGUGUCUAUAUAUACAGCACUACACCCAAAACCUGCAGUCUCUGCUUCAGGCCACAGUUAAUAUGGUCUUUACUGACACGUUGAACUUCAGAUUUCAGAUGAACCUGUAUGCCAGCUUAAGCACACUGUGAUUGCCAUGUCAUGAUUCCACUGUGAUUCUAUUCUUGUCUGGAGGUAGAGGGAAAUGGUUAAAUGAUAACCAGUACAGUUUAUUGUACAUUCACAAGUAUUAAUAUGUAACAAUUCCUUUUAGUGUGGUCCACUAUCUGUUUUUUAAAUCUUAUUUUUAAUACUUGUUACAUUUAAUUGUAGUUGGAAUUGUACGCUACGCACUCAUAUUCUGUUUUAUUCAUGAAAAGGCACCUGUCUGCUGCACUCCCUGGAUGUUCAUUUCAUCAUGAGAAUUUGAAAUGGUUGUAGAUGCAGCAAGUUAGAAAGUUCUCUGCAUUACUGUUAGCCUGGUUGACACCAGGUCAAUUCUCAUAUAUCAGUUGAAGAUUGGUCAUGGGGAUCACUUCUAACUGCCAAUAAAGUAUAGUUUUGGCUGAAGUAGCCAAAGCAUCAGCCAUUGAAAUUAAUAGGAGUGGUACAUCCUCCCUUUCUGCUGUAAUAUACAGUAUCAUACCGCCAUGAACCAUACUUUUCUGUCUGUCAAAGUAGGCUCAAUGGCGGAUAAGUGGUUGUGUUUGGUUCCUGGGUUUUUGGUCAUUCAAUGACACCAGACUGACCUGCUGCAGGGAAUUCAAAUUUGCUUGCAUAGUCCUCUGGGUAUAGCCUAUUAAAUCAUGUGACAUUUUUAUCAUACCUUAAGCAUAC